AUGGAAAUGAAUUACAACGUCGAAAAUAACUCAGCGAGCCUUCAUACGGGAAAGACACUUACGAGCUGGACGAUAUGCGACCAAUUCAUUAGCAAUUGGGGUAAGAGUAAUGGCUUUGGUGUGAUAAAAGACAAAGUUGUUAAGAAGGGAGUUGAAAUAAGGAGAAGGACGUAUAUAUGCGAACAUGGAAGAAAAUAUACGUGCAAAUCUGCGAAAGAAACUAGUACCAAAAAGAUUUUAUGCCCAUGGCAUGUUAAUGCUUCUUGUCCCAAAGUGAAUAAUCCAGAUUCCGCGAUUUUUAUUAAUAAAAUUGUGGAUGAACAUAAUCAUGACCUGAGCGUCGAAGCAGUUAAGUUUAGGGAAGAUAAGAAGUUUAAUGAUGAAAUGGUAAGGGAUAUCCAAUUUAUGACCGAUCACUGUAAAAUAGGAGCGACCGCGCAGAGAAGAUAUUUGGAAGGAAAAUAUCCUUCUCAACCCAUUUACAGUCAAGACUUAUAUGCAACGAUCAAGAAGUUUCGACCCACGGCGAAGUCACUUUCAAAUGACGCUGCGCAAAUGUCAGAUUGGUUAGAUGAGCAAAAAGAACGAGAUUCUAGAUAG